CUCCCAAUUUCCCUACCCACCUCCACCCGGGUCAAGUCACUUAAUCUCCCCAAGGCUCUACUUCCUCCUCCAUGAAGUGGGAACAGCAGAAGACCCACCUUCUGGGGUGAGAGUUACCUGAGAAAAGGUCUGUGGAUCAUUCAGCCCCAUGGCUGGGUGUGAGGACCGAGGUUUGUGUUGCCAGGGCCACGGAAGGGGCUUAUUUAUGAGGUUGAACCCCUCCUGCCCACUGCCUGCUGAAGGGAUGCUCUUCCCUCCUUCCCUCGAACUUUGGGUCCCUGAGGGGCUUUACUCCCCUCCUGGAGAGUGAGGCCAUCUGGCCUGGAGCCGGGGAGCCCGGUGGCUGACCCAGCAGGACGCGGCGCGGUGCGCCUAGGCUCAGAUGCCGGAUUGGGCAAGAGCACAGAAGCGACCCCUCUGAUCCUGGUCAGGGAUAUCUGCCCAACAAUUCUGGGAAAUGCAGAGGCGGGAAGUGAAAGGGGGGAGGGGCAGAGGGGGAAGAGCCAACUGCACCCCGGCCCCUCCUGGCCUGGCCCCCUCCCAAAUGUGCCAUGAGGGAGUGAGGUGACUUGCUUGUGGGGGGGAAAGCGGACAGACCAAAGAGACCCCUUCUCUGUGAGGGACAGAGACAGUCCUGCCCCCCGCCCCCAUCACGCUCUGCCUGAGUUCCAGCCACUUCUGUUUACCGUCCAAAGUCCCAGGGGCAGGAGAUGCCAGGUUAGAAGCACUUGGACACUCAGACACACGGGUUCAGGGCCCUCGCCUGGACCGGCCCCCUCCCCUUCCCUCCUUUCCUCUGUGAGCGCCACCUGCUCCACUUCUCCAGGCUCAAGCCCCUCCUUCACCCUGGGGCCUGGGCUGCCUGGGAGACUGGAGAGUCAGCCCUCCAAACCUGUAGCAGCUGUAUUUCAGCCCCACGCUUCCCGCCAACCUCAGAUCCAACCCAAACCGCUGCCUCGACCUACUAUCAGCCUCCGCCUGAAUUAGCAUCUUAGCACAGCAUCAACCCCGAGCUCAGCCCCAGCCCCAGCCCCAGCCCGGGUCCAGCCACAGCCCAGGACCCAGCAUGGCGAGGGACUUUCAGGACAUCCAGCAGCUGGACUCUGAGGAGAACGACCACCAGCUUUGUAGAGGUGAGGGCCCAGGCACUCGCGGGCACAGUCCCAGGAGAGAAGAUCCAUUCUGGAAAGGGACGCCUCCUCCCCAGCCCUUUGUCCUGCAGCGUCUCUGCUCCAAGCUCCGCCUCAGUCUGCUUGUCCUGGGCUUCAACAUCCUGCUGCUGGUGGCUGUCUGUGUGAUGGGGUCCCAAAGAGCACAGCUGCAAGUGGAGCUGCAGACCCUAAAGGAAACUUUCAGCAACUUCUCCUCGAGCACCUUGAUGGAGAUCCUGGCUCUAAGCUCCCAUGGAGGCAGCGCCGGUGACAAGGUGACAUCUCUGGAAGCCAAGCUGGAAAAACAGCAGCAAGACCUGAAAGCAGAUCAUGCCACUUUGCUGCUUCAUCUGAAGCACUUCCCGGUGGAUAUGCGCACGCUGGCUUGUCAGCUGGCGUUCCUCCAGAGUAACGGCACAGAAUGCUGCCCGGUGAGCUGGGUGGACUAUGAAGGCAGCUGCUACUGGUUCUCUCGCUCCGGGAAGCCCUGGCCCGAGGCUGAGAAGUACUGCCAGCUGGAGGACGCCCACCUGGUGGUCAUCAACUCCAGAGAGGAACAGAAAUUCAUUGCACAACACACGAACCCCUUUCAAACCUGGAUAGGCCUCACUGACAGUGAUGGCUCCUGGAGAUGGGUGGAUGGUACAGACUAUAGGCACAAUUAUAAGAACUGGGCUGCCACUCAGCCAGAUGACUGGCAGGGGCACGAGCUGGGGGGCAGCGAGGACUGUGCUGAGAUCCGGGGGGACGGCCGCUGGAACGACGAUUUCUGCCAGCAAGUGAAACGCUGGGUGUGUGAGAUAAAGCGGAACAUCACCAUCUAGGUGUCCUGACCUCCAGCAGACCUCUGACCUGCACCCCACCUGCCUCCAAGUCGUCCACUCGGCAUUUUGAAGAAAGGAAGAAGAGAGUCCUCAGAGGCGUGGGGAGGGGUUGAGGAGACAUAGAAGGGGGUGGUUGAAGAAGCUUAGACCCUGGGGAGACUGAGAUCCCGCCUCCUUCUGAAAGUCACUGUAAUUACUAUCAUAAUUUUCGGCCUCCUCAAUGGAGUAGGAAAAAGACAGAUACUUGAAACUCUGCGUGGAUUGGUUAUUUGGAACUGGGAAGUGUAGGAUACAAAGAAGACGGAGGGAGAGGGUCUGGAGGAGAGAAAGCUUAAGUGCUAGACGGCUGUGCUUGACACCUAAUCUUGAAGACACGGGUCAUGGAAGGGAGGGAAGAGGAUUGAAACAGAGGAAGGCCCCGUGGAAGGCACUGGUGGGGGCGGGGAACUGGAUGGGCUGGGGCUGGAGGGUCUGCCCACACCCUGAGGGGUUCCCUGCAGUUGGGAUCCCCUCCAGAAGAGGUUCCAGGAAACACCCCUGCUCCACUGUCAGCCUGGGAACUGUGAACUGGGCUGGCGAAGGUCAGUGACAAAGGUGUGCUAAGAGAAGGAGGAUUGGUAUGACCCCAGACAGACCUAGACGUGUCUCCAGCACAUGGUGUC